AUGAGGGCACCGUGGAUCUGUAGCUUUUUCUUCGCCUUCUUUCUCAUUUUCUCAUCCAACACAGAGUUUCAUAGUUGCUCACAAAAAACUAAUCCACCGGUUCUUCCUAAUCCGUACUUCCGCAUUCCUUCCCCCCUCAUGCCUGUUAGUGGCCCUGUUAUAUAUGUACGUUAUCCACCCAAUACUCUUCAACCGUUACCUAAAGCAAAUCUUUCAACCACAUGGACCAACGAUGAAUCUUCUAUCCCUUCCAUCAAUUUCACAGAUGGCUCAAGGAUCAGAGUCAUCCUUGAUAAAGAAAAAUUCGCUUGUGGCUUCUUCUGUUUCGGAAACUGCACAUCUUACCUCUUCGCCAUUGUUAUCAAGAUAUCUUACUCUCCUGGUUAUAUUUUUGGCACAAAAGGCAAUCCAACAGUGAUUUGGUCAGCCAACCGAGACAAUUCAGUCAAGGAAGGUGCAAUACUGAAUUUCACUGCAGCUGGAGAAUUGGUGUUACAUGAUGUGGAUGGAAGCAUAGUUUGGACUACAAACACUGGAGGGAAAUCUACUGCUGGCAUGAACCUAACUGAUAAAGGAAAUCUGAUGUUGUUUGAUGGCUAUAACUCCAUGGUUUGGCAAUCUUUUGAUCACCCAACAGACUGUUUGGUAGCUGGACAAAAACUAUUGCAAGGACAGAAGCUGAUACCUAGUGUUUCCUCAACCAAUUGGAUGGCUCAAAAGGAUUCUUACUAUCUUCAACUCACUGAUAGCGGUCUGUUUGCUUAUGUCCAAUCAAACCCACCUCAAGUCUAUUACAAACGCUUGAUAAAUGUCACAAAAACAAAUAAAGAAAGAAUUUAUAUUGAGCUCUUAAAUGGGAGUUUGUGUUUCUUCAAUUCUUCUACUAAGUUUGAUAGUAUUGAUAUACCUCAAGAAAUCCCACUUGAAUAUACAAAACUAAUGCCAGAUGGGCACUUGAAAGCCUUUGGAGGGGAGAUGGUGGCUGAUCUGCUAACUGAAUAUGAUUUUGGAGAUUGUUCUUAUCCAUUGGCUUGUGGGAGGAAUGCCAUUUGCUCGGGUGAUGUACAAUGUAGUUGUCCGAAGUCAAGCUCUCCGGUGACAGAAUAUUUUAGAGCAGUGGAUGAUAGCCAACCAAACAAGGGUUGCUCUGAAGUUACUCCUCUCACAUGUAAUGCUACACAAGAUCAACAUUUCAUUGAACUCAAGAACAUCAAGUACUUCACCUAUACAGCUAACAUGGAGCAUGUGGAUAUGGAGACUUGUAAACAAGCGUGUCUGAACAACUGCUCAUGCAAAGCAGCUAUAUUCGAGUACCUGGGUUCGAAUUCUUCAAGUGGGUAUUGUGAUUUACCUUCUGAGCUUUUUUCUAUGACGAACUUUGAUGUAGAUGCAAACAAUCAAGUCCAUGCUUCCGCUUUUAUAAAAGUCCAGAAUGGAAGAUAUAAAUCACCAAAGAGAAAAAAUCAUGUUACUACAAUUCUAGGUUCCACAGUUGGAAGUUUGGUGCUUCUUGUCAUUUUGGUUGUAGUUUUUACUAAGUUCAUAGGCCAAAAGGAAGAGGUGAAUGGUGAAAUGGAAGAAGAGUAUCUAGAUAAAGUGCCAGGAAUGCCUACUCGGUACAGUAAAGAUAUGCAGGAACAUGGUACAGAAGUCGUGGAGAUGAUGAAAGUGGUUUCAUGGUGUUUGCAGAUUGAUUAUACGAAAAGGCCCUCAAUGUCAUCGGUGGUUAAGGUGAUAGAGGGAGUAAUGGAUGUUGAAUCGAACUUGGAUUACAACUUCUUGUGGACCAUUUCUAUGCAGAAAAUAACAAAUGGAUAUGAGAAAAGAUCGAAACCAAUGUCAGCUUCCAUUCUAUCAGGGCCAAGGUGA